GUCUACAGUAGUUCAUUUCUACAUGAUCAUGUUGAGCAUCCAGCCUCUUUUGGACAUUAUGAGAUCUGCAUGAUGCUGGUGGUGCUGGGAUGCAGGAGAUCCUCCGGCUUUCUGUCGUUCUGCUUUUGUCUGGCCCUUUAUACACACCUACUACAGGCAGCUCCAGAUUUCACUGGAUACGUGCAUAAGAUAUUGAAGAACCACACUGCUCAAGCCUGCAACGGUGAGACACUCACAAUCUCCUGUCCCUCCAAAACGGCCGUGGCCAUUCUGUCUGCGUUUUACGGCAGUCAUGCCUCCAGUGAUAUUGUGUGCCCCGCCACAGACAGAAACAGGACAGAGGAGAAGACGGACUGUGUGUCCUUUACAGCAGUCCAGCAGAAGGUCAUGUACAAGUGUCAGGAUCGGCAUGCCUGUAAAAUCCCCGUCACCAGCGAUGCAUUUGGGCGAGAGCUCUGCCCGGGGACCAGCAAGUACCUCACUGUUUCCUACAAAUGCCGCCCAGAACACCACAGCAGUAAGUUGGUUUGUGAGAAUGAGAGGCUGCGACUGGCCUGCAUGAAUGGCACAGUGCUAGCCAUCUACUCCGCUACAUUUGGACACCUGCUGCAUGGGAGUCCUGCCUGCCCCCAGGAGAACAGCACAGCACCAGACCUGGAGUGUCUGUCCCCUUCCGCCCUGAGGAGGGUGUCUCGUAGGUGUCAUGGAAAGAUGAACUGCUCUGUGCUGGCUGACGCUCACAGCUUUGGGGAUCCUUGCUUCCCUGGUGUAAGGAAGCACCUACGGGUGUCUUACACAUGUGUGCCCAGAAAUCUCCUGGAGGAUUUGGAACGCAGGCCUCCGGAUCCUUUCUUGAUCACUGAUUACACACGUGGGUUCCCGGAGGCUGUAGUUCUGUACUUUGUGUCUGGGAUCUGCGCUGGCCUGGUCUUCCUGCUGUGUCUGUUUGGUUUGAAGUCAACACUGGUGCGGGAUGUUAAAGACCUGUUCUCAGAGAUGGAAGACGAGAUAAGGGGCACCCCAAGUUCCCGUCCUGAGCUGGUGGAGGACCUCCACAAUGGCACCUCAUCUGAGUCAUCCUUCCACAGGCUCACACGCUCCUACCGGGUGGCCAGCAUGUUCAGCCCAGAGCGGAUGGUGGAACAGGAGGAGGAAGAGGAUGCGGAAGAGAAAGAACAGCCCAAAGGAACUAUUUAGCUCCAUGAGGAAUCCAGCCUUAAUGUCUUCCACAAGAAAGUUAGCCUGUCUAACCCUAUCUAGAAGAAGAUACUGUAAAUUAUGUCACAAUGAUCAGUGCAUAGUUGAUGUUUAUUUAUGCUGUGUAAACAAAGUGUGUUAUUAUUUCAUCUAGGUUAGCAUAGUGUGCCUGACUACUGUAAUUUAAUGACAUUCUCACAAUGACUUCUAAACUUCUUUCUCGACAAAUCUGUGCUAAGUAACUGGCUAUACAAAUCCAUUCUAUUAUUUAACCAACACUUUCAGUGCUAUUGCAGUCUGUCUUUGAAACUACUUUUCAAAUAUUUGUGUUUGUUUGUGUUUCUCUCCUGUUUAAUUGUGUAAUUGUAAGAAAAGGUAUCUCAAAUAAAGAUUGUCAUAUUAUGUUACAAUUUCA